GCACCUUAGCCGUGGGGGAGCCGAGGUUCACAUGUACGCUCCAGAUGUGCCGCAGAUGCACGUCGUUGAUCACAGCAAAGGGCAGCCAGCUGAAGCCGAGUCAAGGAAUGUUUUAGUGGAAUCUGCACGGAUUGCUCGUGGCAAGAUCACAAGCCUGGCUAAACUUACCACAACAGACCAUGAUGCUGUGAUAUUUCCUGGUGGAUUUGGAGCUGCUAAAAACUUAUCCACCUUUGCUGUCGAUGGGAAGGACUGCAAGGUGAAUAGAGAAGUUGAACGUGUCCUGAAAGACUUCCACAAAGCAGGCAAACCUAUUGGUCUUUGCUGCAUUUCACCAGUGCUGGCAGCAAAGGUUCUCACUGGUGCUGAAGUAACUGUGGGGCAUGAAGAGGAGGAAGGUGGCAAGUGGCCUUAUGCUGGAACUGCAGGAGCCAUUAAAGAAAUGGGAGGAAAGCACUGCGUCAAAGAAGUAACCGAAGCUCACGUGGAUGCAAAGAACAAGGUGGUAACUACCCCAGCAUUCAUGUGUGAAACGGAAUUGCAUAAUAUCUUUGAUGGCAUUGGGGCCAUGGUGAAGAAUGUGCUGAAGUUAACUGGCAAGUAAAGCGGCUGUUCUUAAAAGAAAAGCGAUAGACAUGUUUAAAUUUAGGGUAUAGUAUCAAAGAAAAAGAAUGGACCAAUGGAGACAUUUUCACCUGCUUUUCCUGUUCACACUCUAAUAAGCGCUGAUGCAAAGCUGGUUGAUCCCCAGCUGUG